UAUUUCAACAUAAGAUUUAUUGACCAUUUAACGAAUAUUAUUAUAAAACACUGAAGAUAUUUUUAUCGGGUAUCAAUUUUCCGUGUGUUGUGAAUAAAUACUUAAUUUUUACAUUCGGAACGUUGUUUCAUUGCGUCAAUAUCGACUGACAAUGAAAAGGGAGAUAUUUCUGCAACGUUUUGAAUGUGCGAAUAUAAAUUAAGUUUCUAUUCACAACACACGGAAAAUUGAUCUACCAACUGCUCGUUCUUCACCGUGACAGAGGCUUUUUUGGUAAAACGGUAAAACAAAAAUCAACACUAUAAAAUAAAAAAAUUGAUCAAAAAUGACAUAAUUGCUGAAAGAAUCUAAUUGAAAUAAUUUUGAUCUUGCUACGUUUCAAUUUAUCACAUUUCUUGGUUACAAAAACACAGAUGAAAGUAAAUUUUAUGCAAGAUCAAAAAUGGAAGAAAUGCAAGAAAUGCAAGUGAAUGAUCUUGAAACGGCAUUCAUGACUGCAGUAUUCACACCCAAUAUUUCUAAUGACUUUGGUUACUUAUCAAAAAACGUCUUAAGUGAAGUAAACGAAAUUGACAUGGAUGUGGAUAUUUUAAUGCUUGGCAAUAAUCUCAACAAGAUGAAUAUAUGCCGAUCGGAAUCAAAGAUAGAAGUAGUCAUCAAAACUCAAAGCUAUUCGGGUGGUACAAAACGGAAAGCUCAAGAUACAGAGCAAGCUGAGGGUCAAAAGUCGAGAAGAAAAUCAGAACCAAAACGAUUCAAGACAUUUGCAAAUGAAGAUGUACAGAAAACACCAAUGAAGGCCAAAGAAGCAAGAAAUGGUGCCGUAGGCUGUGUAUUUCGUCGAUUGAAGCGGAUUCGUUUGCACCCUGAAUGCACCAAAUCUAUUUCUCAAUCGGCCCAAUCUACAGCUGGAAAGAUGCAAAACAGUAAAACACGACGGUCAUUGCAGUUUUAAAGAAAGAAAUAUGCAUGUAGUCACAUAUUUUUAAUGUAUAACAUGGAAACAUUUAUUGUAACUUAGUAUUAAAAUAAAUAAAGAAGCAUAAAAGAAAA